AGACGCUCCCUGAGCGUGACAGCGGGGUGAGCUGAGAGACGAACAGCCGCAGAGAGAGACAGAGACAUAGAGAGACAUCACUGAGACAGCAGAAAGACAUCACUGAGACAACACCGAGACUGUGUGUGUGUGUAUGUGUGUGUCUGUGUUGAGAUGCGUCUCUGACGUGUGUGACUGAGAGGUAAGCGCGCGCGCGCGCGGUGUGUAUGGAUGUAAUCGCGUGACCUGUGGACAGACAGAAGAAUGUGACACACAAUGAGGACAGAGGCGUCACACUCCAGAGCUGGGUGUGUAGAGUGAAGUGGAGGGAGGCUCAUGGCUCUCUGGUGGGGUUUGGGUCGGCUGGGCCUCAUAUUGGCCCUAAUGGCCCUCUUGCACCCGACACAGAGCUGCCCACCGCGUUGCGACUGCGCGGCUCAGCUACGCUCCGUCUCCUGUCAGCGCAAGCGUCUCUCCGGAGUCCCGGAGGGUAUCCCAACAGAAACGAAGCUGCUGGAUCUCAGUCGAAACCGCUUGCGCUGGGUCGCGCCCGGAGACCUGGCACCGUACCCGAGGCUGGAGGAGGUGGAUCUGAGCGAGAACCUCAUCACGACUCUGGAACCAAACGCCUUCGCCAGUUUGCAGGCCCUGCGUACGCUGCGGCUCAGGGGAAACCAGCUGAAGCUCGUGCCUAUGGGAGCAUUCGCACGACUGUCGAACCUUACCACGCUGGACCUGAGCGAGAACAAGAUCGUCAUCCUGCUAGACUACACCUUCCAAGAUCUGAGGAGUCUCAAAAAUUUGGAGGUGGCUGACAAUGACCUGGUCUACAUAUCGCACAAGGCUUUCUCAGGGUUGCUGGGUCUUGAGGAUCUCGCAAUUGAGAGGUGCAACCUGACGUCCAUCUCUGGCCAAACUCUCUCAUAUCUGCGUAACCUCGUCACCCUGCGACUCCGUCAUCUCAGCAUCUUUGUACUCGAGGACCAAAAUUUUCGCAAGCUCACCGCUCUAAGAGGCCUUGAGAUUGACAACUGGCCCUAUUUGGAGUACAUCUCACCGCUGAGCUUCCAGGAUCUCAACCUGUCCUGGCUUUUCAUCACCAACACGAACAUCACGUCGGUACCGUCGGCGUCCUUCCGAAACCUGGCUUAUCUUACGGCGCUUAACCUCUCCUACAACCCCAUCUCUGUGCUGGAGCCCUGGGCCUUCAGAGAUCUUAUCAGACUGAAGGAACUACACAUGGUCAGCACCAAUCUGCUCACCAUAGAGCCUCACGCUCUCGGAGGCCUGAGACAAAUACGAGUUCUCAAUCUGUCCAACAACGGGCUCGUCGCUCUGGAGGAGAGCUCCUUUCAUUCCGUCAACAGCCUGGAAACUUUGCGAGUGGACGGAAACCCGUUGUCCUGCGACUGCCGACUUCUUUGGAUCCUGCAACGACGGCGUACCUUGAAUUUCGACGGACGGAUGCCCGUGUGCGCCGGGCCGGCGGAGGUGCGGGGAUACGCGCUGAACACCUUCACCGAUUCGGCGCUGUUCGAUUACUUUACUUGUCAGAAGCCAAAGAUCAGAAACAGGAAGCUCCAGCAGGUGACUGCACACGAAGGCCAAGCGGUGUCGUUCCUUUGCCGGGCCGAGGGCGAGCCGACGCCGGCCAUCGUCUGGAUCUCCCCGCAGAGAAGGAGGCUCGCGUCGAAAAGCGACGGCAGGAUCGCGGUGCUUCCGGGUGGUACCCUGGAGAUCCGUUACGCCCAAGUGACGGACAGCGGCACGUACAUCUGCAUCGCCAGCAACGCGGGCGGCAACGACACCUACUUCGCCACGCUAACGGUCAAGGGCCGGGCGGCAGACACGGUGCCGUUCGCCAACCGUUCGCUGUAUUCGGCGGACUUUAACGACACCGGCCUGAACGGCACGCGCGUUUUCCUCAAGUUCACGCUGGACCUGACCACCAUCCUGGUGUCCACGGCGAUGGGCUGCAUCAUGUUCCUGGGGGUCGUGCUCUUCUGUUUCCUGCUGCUGUUCGUGUGGAGCCGCGGACGGGGACAGCGCAAAAACAACUUCACGGUGGAGUAUUCCUUCAGGAAAACAGAAGGACCGAGCACCGCCGCAGCUUCCGGAGGAACGCGCAAGUUCAACAUGAAGAUGAUAUGAAACAACGCAGCCAGGGGUCCGCUGGGGGAAGCAUAAACUCCACAUGUAGACACAAACACACACAGUGCUGAUUUGCAGAAAUACAAGCCAAAUGGAAAACGGCGGGUCACGAUCUGAUCUUAUAUAAAAAUAUCCUUGUCCUCCAAACGCUUUUAUUUCUGAUGGUUAUAUAAUGUUACUGUCAGUGAAUAUCUCUGUACUUUUACAGCCGCACUGUCUUCUCUCUUCUUAGCUUUCAUACAAGUAAUCGCAUGUAAAUGUGCUCUUUAGAGGGAGCUGCUAAUUAGCAUUUAGUCAUUUAGAGACAAAUAAAUCCAAAGCUAUUUCCAUAAUGUCUCCUAAUACAACGCCUACUUUACUCCAGUUCACAGAGCCAAAGCUGAGAAGAGAAAAAAAAACAGGACCAAGAAAAUAAAUGACAUGUAAAUCCAUUGAUUUAACACAUUAUACUGAUAUAUUAGAUUUGGGUCUUAAUGACAAACAAAAUGUCGUCCUAAGAGAUGCCAUAAAAACAAAUCAUUCGUCGCCAUCGGCUUGAUGUUCUGCAAUAUGCGACUGUGUGAGUUGGGAUGAGCACACCGACCGCUUCGCUGUAAAGACAAUACCGUAGUAGCGGUGCUGUAUUACAGUUUACUGUCAGUCAGAAUCACUGUGUGUGUGUGUGUGUGUGUGUGUGUGUGUGUGUGUGUGUGUGUGUGUGUGUGUGUGUGUGUGUGUGUGUGUGUGUGUGUGUGUGUGUGUGUGUGUGUGUGUGUGUGUGUGUGUGUGUGUGUGCGUGUGCGUGUGUGUGUCUUUGGUUCUGACUGUGCACAGGUUCAGAUGCCUGUCUCCAACUGACGAUGAGGUUUCUUACCCACAAUUCCCCUCCAUCAUUCUGGGUUCACGCACAUACUGACAACCUGCUAGCCUUCAUGGGGACAGGCCGAGCGAGGGUCACAUCAGACAGAGAGAGAGAGAGAAAAGCGCACAUAUGCACACAAGCCAUACAAUCAGAUUUAUUAUCAGGUUUACAGCAAUAGCUUUCAUUGAGACCAAACCAAAUCUCUGGCAGAAAAAUACAAAUAAUGUCGUGAUUCAUAAACAGAAGCUUGUUAUAUUUGCAAUAACUGUAAAAUAAUAUUGAUUACAAGAGAAAUGCUUAUUUUGUGAUUGUUUCAAUUACUUUUACUCUUUAAAUAUUCAUGAGUGAUUGAUCAGUUAGGUUUGAUUUCAUAUAUUUGGUGUUUCUUCAUAGACGCACCCCGCCGAGCUCAGCUUCACUGUGAAUUCAUUUCUUUAUCUUUAUUUCACAAACAGUGAGACAUGACAUCAUUAUUCACAUAGAUUAUAUUUACAUUUAUUAAUGGUGCCAAAUAUCUGAUGAAUAAUUAGCUUGGCCUGUACAACAUCCAAAACCAUAUACAUAACACACACCUCUAUCUCUCUCUCUCUCUCUCUCUCUCUCUCUCUCUCUCUCUCUCUGUCGCUCGCUCUGACAGUCUUGGUUUGGCGGUCGGUGUGCAUAUUUCUGCUUCCUCUGCCCAGUCUCAUUCCCUUCACCCUUCAUACCUGACUGGGUCUCAAUGAGGGAGGGUCCCUGGCUGGUGACCUCAGAUGUUCAUGAUAUCAUGUCACUCAUCUAGUCCAUAUGUCUUUGACUGUAGAGGUAUUAAUAUGUUUAUAUUUAUAUAUGAUUGGUUUAGGAUGUGCUUUUGUAUUUCUAUAAAUUGCUUUUUUAAUUGUGUUUUAAAAAUCUCAUCUGAAAUAUCUAUAAUGCGUCUGUUCUCCACACCGCAGCUGCAGGUGAAUCGUUAAUCUGGACUUAGUUCUCUUGUGAACUAGUAAGAUGAACCAGCAGCUGCUGUUGAAAACAGAUAUGUUAACCAAUAAACUACAAGAGCCAUAAAUGAUGAAUGUUGUGACUUUAUCCAGGAAUCUGUGUGCAAUAUGAGAAAUACAAUCACAUCAGCUUCAUGUCUCUUUAUUCAUACAGUAACCAACUCUUCUGUUCUUAUAUAACACACACACAUAGAUUCUGAAGAUCAAAACACACACCUGGACCACACAGAUGCCAUCUGAUGUUUUGUCUUUCACAAUCCUCAGUCAAAGUUGUAUAACAAAGCCUUGAUGAAAACCAUUUUAAGUCAAAUAGAUCUGGAAAUGGAUCUGUGACAUUGAGCUGAUGCGGUUGUAUUUUACACCGGGAAGUAUUUACAGUCCCUGUUUAGAUGUCUGGAUUGGGUGAAGUAAACAUAUCAGGUUUAUUGUGACCCUGCCUGUUUUGUGUUGACGUGUAGCUCAUUGUUUUGUCAUGUGAGUAGAGUCGAUGUUGUCCUUGUGAUUGGAUGUUGAUUUAGUUGAGCUCUUUCUGUAAGUGUGAUGAUAGACAGAAAGCUCAGAGAUUCAGACGGGAUUUAAACCCACAACCUCCCGCUCGCCCGGCGUCCUCUUAUCCUUCAUUCGUGUCAUCUGUUAUUACAACUACUGCCUCUUGGAUGAACUGGAUGCUGUACUUCCCUUCUUUCCUGAAAACAGGAUCUCAGACGAGUUUGUUGUUGAUUAUUCCGGAUCGUUCUGAACACAUUUGUUGAUUUGUGCUUUGGCCUGAUGAUGUGAAGGGUUGAGCACUGAAUUGGAUUCUUUUCAAAAAUGACAUUGCUUUUUUUAUUCAUCUAUUGAUGACAUUAUUUUGUAAAAUAUGAAUAUUCUGCAUUAGGGUUCAUAAUUCAAGUAAAAACAAUAACUGUUAUUGAAACUCAGUACUGUAAACCGUCAUGAGAGACUUACAACUGAUGUUUGUUUGUGUUUGUGUAUGAACAAGAAGUGAGGAUUUAAUUCAGCUCCAGUGUUUCUCUAGCGCCCCCUACUGACAAUACAACAACAGUACAUACACUGACCUCUAGUCUCUCUCUCUCUCUCUCUCUCUCUCUCUCUCUCUCUCUCUCUCUCUCUCUCUCUCUCCUUAGCAACCGCAUAGCAACACGGUGGUGAAUAUUAAUGUGGAGCCACAUUUGAUUCAGAAAGGGGAAGAUUGUUUUCUUUAGUUUACUGUGAUGUCUGAAAGAUAUUAAUGUGAAGGAAUUCACACUCACAACAUUAUUAUUGGAUUUUUUUAUGACAUAAAAAUGAAGUAAGUAGGGAUAUAUAUUGUAAUAGAAUUUUUCAAGUAGAUUUACUGCCAUCUAGUGGAGAAGAGCCAAAGUGCUUCAUCUUCUGCAGAUGAAAUGUUAUGACUGUUAGUCCUGUAAUAACACACAAUGAAACUUGUUUAUAGGGUUUCUUCUGACAUCAAAGCAGUGAGAUGAAGUUUGAGGAUUUCAUUAAGGAUGAGAUGUAGUUUUAGAUUUGAUGUGACGGUAGAUUAAUGCUGUGUAAAAAUACAUUUAAAUGCACCACCAUCUUAAGAUCAAAUUGUUCAUAUUUCUACUUGUAAUAAUGAAAUUAGAUUUAAAGGUUUUGUUCCUCAGACACUUACAUGAAUGAUAUUUUGAUCCUAACAUUGCCAAACGCACACACACGUGUAAACUUCAUCUGAUGUGAUGAUGUUGAAGCUCACUGUGAGAUCGGAUGAAACGUCUAUAUAGUUUAUUCAACUAAUGAGCCAUAUUAUAGUGAGAUGUUGGAUUCGUGAAUAUUUCAGGUAAUAAAUGUUUAACGUGAUGUUUGUCUUCCUGCCAUCUGCUUGUUUCUAGUUCAUCGUGUCAUUUAAAUCAUAACUCAUGCCAACUCUUUGUAAGCAAUAUCUUCUAGUUUUCUCUCUCUUUUUAUCUGCAGUGAUGAAUUCUAGAUGUUAAUUCAUUGAAGGACUGUGAAAGGAUUGUUGCCAUAGAUAUUCUUCAAUAUUUCAGGUUAAACGUUGAUGUGCCGUUUCCAUGCAUCGCUUCUCUUUGCUCCAUAAUGUCGUGUAGACGCUUCAGGUUUAUGAAUCAAAGCAGGUUUCAUCCAACCUCACAGCAGCUUCUGUCUCGUCCUGAAUAAUGUGAAUGGAUGUUGUUUUAUCUGUUCUUUUCUAUGCAUAUGUUUGUUUGUUUGUUUGUUUGUUUUAUACGGUUUGUCUUGUAAAAAAAGAGAAACUUUUUAUUCAUAAAAGCAUGUUGUAUCCAGUUUACUGUUGUUUAGUUUGUGUUACACACAUUUGUGCUCAACACAACACACAUACAGUAGAGUACAGUAAGAUGACAGAGAUACUGUACAUGUGAUGUCAUCUUCUGUAGUUUGCUGUUGUCAUUUUGGUGAAAACCUCUUUAACAAUCUUGCUUGUUGUAAUUGAAAAGGUUGUUUUUACACCUGGUGAGGAUCUAAGAGAGAGAAGUUGAAUGCUGAUAUUCAGUGGAGUUAUAAUGCACAUCUGCUGCUAUAAGCAACAUGUCUUUACAGCAAAUUGAAAAGAGGAAUUUUUAUAGGUAAUGUUAUCAAUUACAUUUCACUUAUUUAUUUAUUUGCAAUGAUUUGUUUCUUAAGUUGGCACAGCUGGAUAAAGCAGGAAAACUUUAAGUAAACAUGAGGAUCAAAUCUGCUUUUAAGAGCAAUAUUGAAAAAUAUCUUAUGAGAUUAUAAAAUAAGUAGGAGUUUAAUCGGAUGAUAUAUUGUUACUCUCUUCUACGUAGUGUGUUUGACUGCAUAAUAAAGUUUAGGUUUAGUUAUUAUUGUGUAGUAUUGCAGCAAUGCCACUUUAGUGUGUCUGUGUUGUUAUCAUUCAAUGAUUUCUUUCUCUGCUCUUAUAAUAAAUCGAGGUCCCUCUUUUAA